AUGGACGGUGAUUUCAGCGUGGCUUGUGAAGGCGGUGCCGUGAGCACCAACAUCUUCACGUCAAAAGUGACUGUGAAGCCUGCUGGCGGAGAGGAAAGCAUUACGAGUGCUGCAGACGCCACCAGCAAUGUUCAGCAGGAGGUCGUAGCCUGGGCUAAAGGUCUGCUGAGUGGCUCGCAGGACAAGAGGUUGAGCCCUGAGGAGGCACUGGCUGAUCUCGAGAUGGUUGAGGCGAUGUUGACAAGCAAAGGCGCUCCUGUCGAUCUGAAGUACCAGUUGUAG